AUGGCAUCGCAAGUAACAGACUCCACGAUCUCGCCGGACCCGAGGACCGCAGGCGCACCCCGUAAGAUUCGCAAGUUUACGGAGCAAGUGAGCCGAGGCUCACCGCGCCCGCGCCCACGUUCGAGGUCGGCGAGCGGCGGUCCUGCCUUGCAGGACGGCGACGCGGUCAACGACACCAACGUCCAUUCAGGCAUACUAGCCACACUCUCGCUCGUUAUCCAAUUCUUCAAAAAGCUGCCUGGCCGCAUCUGGUCCUGGCUGCGCCUGUAG